AUGAUACAUCGCAACCGACACACAGAUCCCAAUCGCUGUAAGGUACACUCGUUCGAUCUUGUGGCUGUGAAUGAUCGCGUAACAGCAUGCGACAUGGCCCAUUUACCAAUGAAGGAUUUAUCAGCCGAUAUUGUCGUGUUUUGCCUUUCUCUCAUGGGAACAAAUCUCAUCGAUUAUAUAAAGGAAACUAGGAGAGUAUUAAAGCUU